UGUCAAUUCGGAGGCUUUCUCUAACAUUCCACCUCCCAUUUCCACGAAACUUCUAGAAAAAUUUCCAAAUUGGUCCUUAGGGCUUUCAACAAUUUAAUCUGAAAAUUCCCAAAGUUUUAAACUUUAAGCAAUUUGAGUACUUGGGUAUGCAAUUUCUUGAACAAAUUUUGAGAAUCUAAGCUUUAAAUUUGUUUAGUUUAAAAAAAUUCCCAUAAAGUUCUGAUCUUUGAAAAUUUUUAGUAUUUGGGUAUUCAUUUUCUAAAGAUUUAAGCUUUAAAUCCUAAAUUUCCCUUAAUGUUUUGAUCUUUAAGAUUUUUCAGUGUUUGGGGUUGCAAUUUCUUGAAAUAUGUCUAAGGUUUUAAGCUUUAAAUUUGUUUAAUUUAAAAAAAAAAAAAAUCCUUAAAGUUGUGAUCUUUGAGCAAUUUGAGUACUUGGGUAAUCAAUUUCUUGAAUAUUUGUUAAAGAUUUAAGCUUUAAGUUUGUUUAAUUUAAAAAAAUUACCUUAAAGCUGUGAUCUUUGAGCAAUUUUACUAUUUGGGUAUUCAUUUUCUUGAACAUUUUCUAAAGAUUUAACUUUAAAGUUGUUUAAUUUUAAAAAAAUCCCAUAAAGUUGUGAUCUUUGAGCGAUUUUAGUAUUUGGGUAUUUAUUUUCUUGAAUAAUUUUUGAGGAUUUAAGGUUUAAAUUUGUUAAAAAAAAUAAAUUGUGGGUGUAAUAGGAUGGAUUCUGAUUCUUGGAUUCGUAUGUCUACUUCUUCAAGACGUCACCAAGCUAGAUCAGACUUCUAUAAUAUAAUAGAAGAGUAUGAGGGUGAAGAGGAGUCAAGGCCGGAGUUUCUGUGCCCUUUCUGUGGCGAGGAUUUUGAUAUAGUUGGCCUUUGCUGUCAUAUCGACGAAGAGCAUGCUAUUGAGGCUAAGAAUGGGAUAUGCCCCGUUUGUGCUAAAAGGGUUGGGACGAAUUUGGUUGGCCAUAUUACGCAGCAACAUGGAAAUAUUCUGAAGGUGCAGCGCAAGAGACGAUUACGAAGGGGUGGAACUAAUUCAACUCUUUCUAUUUUAAGAAAAGAGCUGAGAGAAGGAAGUCUACCGUCCAUUCUCAGGGGAUCUUCGCACUUGGUUUCUUCCGCUACCUCAGAUCCUGAUCCCCUGUUAUCUUCAUUCAUUAACACCUCAGCUUCGGUUGAUGAACCUCCUGAAGUUCAACCUCUUUCUUCUGCUUUAGCAGCAUGCUCAACAGAAGAAAGCACUGUUGAGAACUUGUCUGACAGAAAUAUUCGGCCAUCUCCACUAUCUGAAAAAGACCAAGAAGAGAAGGCAAGGAAAUGUGAGUUUGUUCAAGGGCUUCUGCUGUCGACCUUUCUUGAAGAUGAUUUCUAAUUUAACAAGAGGAUUUGCAAUGUAGUAGCUAUAUUAUGUAACUUGCAAUGUAGCUUGGUGGAAAAAAAAGAGAUGCUGCCAAUUUGUAGUAGUUAUUAGGCCAAUUUGGAACUUAUAGAGUGCUAUUGUAUGUAGUUCUAUAUGUAUAUGUAUAUAAUAAUGAAGACUCUUACCUUUCCAUGUU